AGAGCAUCAUUCUAAGCAAGGAGUGCCAAGUAAGCAACUCAUUUGCAGAGGUCCCUUGAUGCAAAAUCAACCAUACCAUUUGACCCCUCAGCAGAGUGCUCUGCCAUCAUCAAAACAGAGCCCUGGCCGCCAAAUAAAACUUGACCACUUCCCCUCUCUCUCUCUCUCUAGCCUCCAUCCAAGUCUCUCUCUUUCUCUCUCUACCCCUGCUUCUGGGAAGCUCAUCAGCAGGCAGCCAUGGACGACGCCGCUGGGGAAGAAGAAGCUUCCAUGUUCGAGACCAGCCAUGUCCUCGGCGCGCUGCUCGCCUCCUCGCCGCUGCUGGCGCGCGCCUGGGACCGCUGCGCCGCCGCCGACGCCGCCGCGUCGGGGCUCGUGCACGGCGAGGACGGCGGCACGGUGUACGUGGGGUUCUCCGGGGCGCCGGCCGCGCUGUCGGCGGCAGGCGCGGCGGUGGCCGGUGGCGGCGGCGUCUUCGCGCCGGUGGGGCUCGGCGGGGACGCUACCCGGCGGAUGUUCGCGCCGCUGGUCGCCGCCGAGCCCGACGCGGCCGCCGUGGGGGAGCAGGUCGCCGUGCAGGCCCUCGCGCUGCAGUGCUUCUUGAAACUGUGGGGCUCCCCUGAUUUCCAGGUUUGCACCUAUGUCACUGAAAUGCUAAAGCUCAAUUUGUGCUGCAUGUUGCAACUGGAGAUCGAACUGCGACCUACUCAUUGCAAUUUGUUGGCAAUGCAGAUACUACUGGAUCAGAUCAGGGGCAAGGCAGUCGUGUUCACUGGCCACUCCCUCGGUGGCGCCAUCGCCGCCCUCGCCGCCCUGCACUACCUCUGCAUCUCGUCGUCAAGCUCGACGUUUGGUCCGGCGCCUCCGGUCCUGUGCGUCACCUUCGGAAGCCCAUUGCUCGGCACCGAAGCGCUGUCCAGGGCCAUCCUGCGCGAGCGAUGGGGCGGCAACUUCUGCCACGUCGUCUCCCAGCACGACGUCGUCCCGAGGCUCCUCUUCUGCCCCCUCGACGCCGUCCCCGCGCGCAUCAUCGUCGAAAUGCAGCUGCGGCAAUGGCCGGCGCGCACCCACCACUCGGGCGCGGUGACCGCGGUCACCGCCGAUAGGGACGCGCUCCGGCAGCUGAUCCAGACGCACGUCGGCGCGGUGGCGAUGGAGCAGAAGCUCGCCGACCCGGCGGCGGCGCCGAGCGGUGGCCCGUACCGGCCGUUCGGGACGUACGUGAUGUGCUCGCCGGACGGCGCGGUGUGCGUGGACAACCCCGCCGCCGCCGUCCAGAUGCUCUACGCCACGUUCGCGUCACGGUGCGCGCCGGGGUUGGAGUCCCCCGAGGCGGCGCACUCCUGCUACGGCGACCUCGUGCUGAAGAUUCCGCAGCACCUGCUAGUCAAGAGAGUCCUGCGCGCCGCCGACGCGCCGGCCGCGUCCAACUACGACGCCGGCGUCUCCCUCGCCCUGGAAGCCUCGGGCAUACACGCCAUGGUGAGAGCACAUGCGACGGAGGCGUCGACGGCGCGGCAGUGGCUGAAGAUGUCGAGGCGGGCGGGGCGGCGGCCGAGCCUGAACUGCGCGCAGCUGGCGACGAAGCUGGGGCGGAUCACGCCGUGCCGAGCGCAGAUCGAGUGGUACAAGGCGCUGUUCGACGGCGAGCUCGGGUACUACGACGCGUUCAAGCAGCGGCGGUCGCCCAAGAAGUUCAGCAAGGCCAACAUGUACCGCAUCAAGCUGGGCCAGUUCUGGGACGGCGUGCUCGCCAUGCUCGACGCCGGCCAGCUCCCGCACGACUUCCACCGGCGCGCCAAGUGGGUGAACGCCGCGCGCUUCUACCAGCUGCUCGUCGAGCCGCUCGACAUCGCCGACUACCACCGCCGCAACCUCCACCGGACGCGCGGGAGGUACGCGACCCACGGCCGGGAGCGCCGGUACGAGCUGUUCGACAGGUGGUGGCAGGAGAAGGGGUGCGCCGGCGCCGGCGUCUGCCGCGGCGGCGACGUCGCGGCGUCGGCGAGCAGGAGGCGGCGGAGCAAGUACGCCGGGCUGACGCAGGACCCGUGCUUCUGGGCGCGGGUGGAGGAGGCGAGGGAGCAGGCGGAGAGCGCGCGGGGCGAGCGCGACGCGGCGAAGCUGGCGAUGAAGCUGGAGGAGCUGCGGGAGUUCGAGCACUACUCCGGCGAGCUGGUGGCGAGCAGGGAGGUGUCCGUCGACGUGCUCGCGCCGCAGUCGAGCUACACGCUCUGGGUGGAGGAGUGGAAUCAGCUCAAGCUCAGGGAUGAAGUGAGGACCAUCUUGCUGUAGUUUUGUUUGAAAAAAGAAAAAUUUGAGCCAGCAGGCUGAAACACAGCUGAAGGAUUCUAGCUAGCUGAUGGAAAAAUUUCCAAAAGAUUAGAUUUGGAUGGAUGGGUGGAUGUUAGUAAACUUUAGUACAGGCGAUUGUAAAUAUACUAGUCCUGUAGAAGCACUGGAUUAUGAAAUUUAAUUAUAAUGUAUUUGUUCUUUCAUGGAGUAUAAUA